AUGUCUUUUUUACCAAAUAAAAGAAAGAAGGAAGAAAUUGAAAGUGAUGGUGAAGAAAAUAAAGUAGAUUUAGAAAAGUUAAAAAAAGAAUUUAAAGAUUUAUACAGACAAAUUACAGACGAAGAUGACAAAAUUGAUUUUAUAAGUUUUGUAUGUCAACAUUUAAAUGUUACAGUCGAGCCAAUCAAACCACCAAAAGAAGAAAGCAAACAAGACAUUCGUUUACAAACCAUUAUUAGAGAUUUAAAAGAUAUUUUACCAAUUACCUCUGAAGCACCAAAUGAAAAGAUUAUAAUUCCAAAGAAUGUUUCAUUUGAAGGUUACACCAAAGAAAACACAAUUAAUGUCGAUGGUUUCUUGUACACUGAAGAAGAUGUUGACGAAUUAAUAGACGCAGGUGAAUUAAAAAACAAUUAUUGUUCCGACUGUGGUUCAAAAUCAAUUAUACCAACCAAUUUUGUAUCACAUUCAACUACACCAAAUCAAAUUAAAUAUAUGUUUAGUGAAAAUGUUUUAGGUGAUUUAAAGGAUAAGGUAGUAUUGGAUAUUGGAUCACGUUUAGGUUCUUUAUUAUACACAGGUUAUUUAUUUAGUGACGCAAAGGAAUUAAUUGGUAUCGAAAUUAAUGAAUAUUUUUCAAAACUUCAAAAAGAUUUUAUUUCAAAAUACAAAAUGGGUGAUCGUGUAUCUGUAAUUCAUGGUGAUAUUUUAAAACAUAAAGAAAUACUUGCAAAAUCAGAUGUAAUCUAUAUGAAUAAUGUUUUAGAGUUCUUCCAAGAGGAUAAAAAGAAACAUAUCGAGUUUUGGGAAUAUAUUCAAGCUAAUACUAAAUCAAAAAAAGGCAUGAAGAUUUUAACCAUCCCAUCAAUCGAAGAAACUUUUAAAAAUAAUAAAAUCCCAUUAAAAUUAAAAGGUUGGUUAAAGAAAGUACCAUUGGACUCUCCAGUACCAGAAGACGAUAGAACUUUUGAAGACUAUAAAGAAAUUCAUUUAUAUACUGUUGUUUAA